AUAGUCAGACCGGAUGUGUCAGUGGAGCUGGUGGUAUGCUAACAGCUAAUAGCUAACAGCUAGCAACUAGCAGCUAGGUAACAGUGAUAAAGUGAGUAACGCGCUGGUUGGAAGCAGAACCUCGGAGAUCGGUCCGGAGGAACCACGACUCACCUGUCUCUCAUGGUCCUGCUCACCUGGACACGCGUCUGGAAGCAGCUCGUGCACGCGCACAGUCUCCAUGGCUACGGAGGAGUUCUACGAGGUGGAGAGGGUCGUGGACAAGAGGAAGAACAAGAAGGGGAGGUCGGAGUACCUGGUCCGGUGGAGAGGUUACGGUUCAGAGGAGGACACCUGGGAGCCUGAGAAUCACCUGUCUACCUGUAUGACCUACGUCCACGAGUUUAACCGCCAGUACGCCGAACGGCAGAGAGACAACACGUUACUACGCUCCACUCGGAGCUCGCCCAGCCUCCACUACAUCUCCGCCCACAGACCACCCUUCAGGUCGCCGCCCAUCAGCGCCGGUUUAACUGGAGACUGUAACCAGGGGACACCUCCAGUCAGUCCGGCUCACCUUCCUCCUGUUGUACUGACCCGCCCGGCCUCUUUUGGCUCUCAACAGUCCCCACUGGCUGACAGGCUCAGCAGUGGCCUGAUGUCGGUGGCUCCGGUCGGCUCAGCCCGCCGCAGCGUGGAUCUGUCCAAGACUGGCAUCAAGAUCCUGGUUCCUAAGAGUCCGAUGAACAGCCGUCUGGACUCUGAGGAGUCUCCCAGCGAGGCAGCCCACAGUCUUGAGGCUGGAGUUCAGGAGGCUCACCUGGUCCCACCUGAGGUCGCCCUGCUGGAGAAACCUGCAGGAGUCCAGCUGGGGCCCGGAGAAGAAAGGGCCCGCAUGGGGACCAGACCCCGCAGCCAGAACCCCUUGCCCCCACCUCGAGUCCCCAUCACACCUGCUGCCAUGCGGUCCCUCAGCGGCACAGGUAACUCCUCGUUACGGGAGGCUGUCGCUGCCAAUGGGAUGUCAGCUGUGCAGAGUGCUAUUGCUGGGGCAACCAGCGUGACGGGGAAACGUCGUCUGGAGGAACGUUCUGUUUUCGACAAACGUCUGAGGUUCAGUGUUCGACAGACAGAAAGCGCUUACCGUUACCGUGACAUUGUGGUGAAGAAACAAGACGGAUUCACCCACAUCCUGCUUUCCACCAAGAGCUCUGACAACAACACGCUCAACCCUGAGGUGAUGAAGGAGAUCCAGAGCGCCAUGGCGACAGCAGCAUCGGACGACAGUAAGCUGGUGUUACUCGGAGCCGUCGGCAGCAUCUUCUGCUGCGGCCUCGACUUCCUGUAUUUCAUCAGACUCUUGACGGACGACAGAAAGAAGGAGAGCAUCAAGAUGGCUGAAACCAUCAGGACCUUCGUAAACACCUUCAUCCAGUUCAGGAAGCCAAUUGUGGCCGCAGUGAACGGGCCGGCGUUGGGCCUCGGCGCCGCCCUCCUGCCGCUCUGUGACGUGGUGUGGGCCAAUGAGAAGGCCUGGUUCCAGACGCCGUACACCACCUACGGCCAGACGCCUGAUGCUUGCUCCUCCUUCACCUUCCCCCGAAUCAUGGGUCUCGCUUCGGCCAACGAGCUGCUGCUGAGCGGCAGGAAGUUGACGGCUCAGGAGGCGUGUUCUAAAGGUUUGGUGUCUCAGGUUCUGUGGCCUGGAACCUUCACACAGGAAGUGAUGCUGAGAAUCAGAGAGCUGGUGGCGGUCGACACACUGGUACUCCGGGAGUCCAAAGCCCUGAUGAGGAACACGAGCCGCAGUGCUCUGGAGCAAGCUAACGAACGCGAGUGUGAAGCCCUGAAGAGAGUGUGGGGCUCGUCACAGGGAACAGACGCCAUCCUACAGCACCUGCAGAGGGUAACCGAUCUCUGCUAAGACCAGGACACGUACCGGGCCCAGGACCGGGACUGGGACCAGGACUCAGCACUUCUGAGCUGGCAGCAGUGACUCAACGUUAACGCUGAACUUUGAUUUAGUUUUUUGUUCAACUCUAAGUUGAUUUCUGCAGAACGUUCCUCCGGUUCUCAGGUUUCAGGCACCUACAUCGUAGGUCCAGGAUUUAAUUAGCCUAGCUUAGCACAAAGACUGGAAGCAGGGGGGAAACUGCUAGCCAAGCUUAUGCGGUUUAUCUAAGCCUCGGUGCAGAACUUCAUUGGUGCAGUUUUAAGUUAUUGUCAGUCAUAACUGUGUCACAUGAAUUGAAAGUGGACUCAUCCUGUCGUUUCCUGUUCUUCAUGCUCCUAAAAUAAAAGAGGAUGUGAAAAUAUUUAUACUGCUGAUACAGUUUUCUUUCUAUGACUUGUUCCUGUCAGAACAGACUGAGGACCUGAACACCAGCUGUUUGUGAAGUUCUGCAUUAGAAUCAAAGCUUGGCUAGCAGUUCCCCCUGCUGCUAGCCUUAAUGCUAAGCUAGGCUAACUGGUACUCUUUACUGACAGAGAACAGGAGGGUCUCUGACCUUCUCCCAGAAUUCCCUCUGAUGAAUUUCUAUACGAUGGAAAUUAAUAAACGCUGACCUCUGACAUUUGA